AUGCUUUCACGUUCUUGCUAUUUCUUGCUACUGGCCUUUGUAUGCAAGGUCUCUGCAAAGAUCGGUACAGAUCAUCUUCUGGCCUCUGGGAAUGUGAAAUGCGGAGAUGGCGUUGCUCAAAGUCCUUUUAAAUUUGUAAGUUUAUGAAGAGUCAACAAAAUUAUGUCAUAUGGAAAUGACAGAGGAACCCCUAGUUAACUCUGAUAAACAAGGCGAAAAUACAAAUUUUGUUCGGUCUAAUCUCAUCCUUUUCUUUCAGUCGGUCGCUCUUUUCUCCGUAGGGACAUUCAAGACAACUCUAUGUGCUAAAGCGGAUGCCGACGACUCGGAUGGCAGUUUUUACCUCGAAUGUGAUGAUUUUCAUAUGUUUAACGCUCAUCCUCGACUUCAAAUGUAAGAAUACGUAUUUUGUCAUAUCUAAAUUAUAAAAAAUCAUUUAGUCUCCAUGGAUGUGGUGGAAACUGCCGUCGCUAUGUGAAGAACUACGAAGGUUUCGUUAACGAAAACUUGACGCUGGUAAUGAGCGAAACUUCCGGAGGUAGCCUACUUUUUUAUUUCCAAUAUUUCUCAAAUACGGCUUAUUUUUAGACGCCUCAUCCGAAUGUCAUCAACCUAAUGCGGCUACUGUAAUUCCUUCCACAAAAGUGGUAAACACUGUAUCCACUGUGGUAUGA